AUGAACUCGAUCGACCCGGGCUCUGUCCCGGCGCUGCGCGCGGUGCAAGCCGAGCGCGCCCACAACAACGGCACUGCCACCAGCACCGCCCGCUCCUCGCACGACGGCACCUCGGUCACCGUCGGAGCCUCUUCCCAGAACGUCUCGAGCAACGGCCUCUCCAACCGCAAGACGGCCGCCAAAACAUCGCCAUCACAAGAUGCCACCUCUUCCACCGCAGACAAGCAGCAAGAAAAGCGCAGAAAGCGCAAAGAGCCCGUCGCAUAUCCGCUCUUUCCGGGCGACAAGCCGUGGUCGCAGCGCUCGUGGGCGUACGAGCUUCGCCCCUUCCGAGGCAUGUGGUACGAUCUGCGACGCCGCAAGCCAUUCCUCGCGAGCGACUGGACGGAAGGCCUCGAGCCCAAGAAUUGGUGGACGCUCGUCAACAGCGUCGUGCGCAUGUACUUCAUCAACCUCAUGCCUGCGCUCGCCUACAUCCUCGACAUGAACUAUCGCACCGGCGGCUCGUACGGCGUCAACGAAGUCAUCCUCGCCUCGGCAUUGGCCGCCAUCGUCUUCCCCAUCUUCUCGGUGCAGCCGCUGACUUUCGUCGGUGUGACGGGUCUGAUCAACCUGGUCAACUACACGCAGUACAACAUCUUUGUCGGAUACUACGGCUUUGACAACCGCAACUACCUGCGCAUCCAGGCGUGGUCGCUCAUCUGGGCCGCCGCCUUCCACUUUGUCGUGGCCAUCUUCAACGUGUGCGACUUUACGCGCUUCAUCACCGAUAUGACCUCCGAGACGUUCGGAUUCUAUGUGGGCGUCAUCUACAUCCAGAAGGGCAUCGAGCUGCUCAUCGAAGAGUUCGAACCGGCCCCGCUCGACAAUGCCACCGGUUGGCUCUCGGUCACCAUCGCCAUCCUGUUUACCGUGUCGGUUUACCUCGUGGCAAAGGUCGGCAAUACGUCCUAUCUGCCAUUCAGGGCGCGCAACUUCAUCGCCGGCUACGCCUUCGCCGCAGGAUGCAUCUUUUGGACGGGAUUCAGCCACUUCCCCAAGAACUCGCUCAAGCUCGUGCCUGUGGAAAGGCUGCCGAUCACCAAGGCCUUCUUCCCCACGUUGGACCGUCCGUGGUUCAUCGACUUUUGGAACAUCGAGCUCAAAUACGUCUUCGUGGGUGCGCCGUUGGGCUUUCUCAUCAUGCUGCUCUUCUACUUUGACCACAACGUGAGCAGCGUCAUGGCGCAGGCGAGGAACUAUCCCGUGCGCAAACCCGCCGGAUUCCACUGGGACUUUUUCCUGCUCGGCAUCACCACGCUCGUUUCGGGCUUUCUCGGCUUGCCUGCGCCCAAUGGGUUGGUUCCGCAGGCACCCGUGCAUACCGAGACGCUCUCCGUGUACCAGCAGGUUGAGCGGCCCGAGGUGGACAAGCGCAUCGCGCGCGAGACGCUCUCGAAGCGCAAAUCAAAGAUGCGCACCGUCAAGCAGCACCACAUUGUCAACGCGCGCGUCGUCGAGGGCCGCAUCUCGCACCUUGUCAUCGGUCUGCUCACGCUCGGCACCAUGACGCGGCCGCUCCUCGUCGUGCUCGGCACCAUGCCCCGCGCCGUGUUUGCCGGCAUCUUUAUCCUCGUCGGAUGGGCGUCGAUCGAACGCAACAGCAUCACCAUGCGCACGCUCGCCAUCUUUAGGGAUCGUCGUCUGGCGCCCGCCGACGAGCCGCUCAACACGGUGCGCAGGAGCAAGAUCGCCCUGUUCGUCGGAAUCCAGUGGCUGUUCGCCGCCAUGACCAUCGCCAUCUCGGCCACGAUUGCAGGCAUCGGCUUCCCCGUCAUCAUCACGCUCCUCAUCCCCGUGCGCUACUUCCUCGUGCCCAAGUGGUUCAGCCCGCUCGAGCUCAAGAUCCUCGAUGCACCUACCGCAGAUGCAGACGGUGUGCUCGCUUCGCUUGGCCACGAACCCGAGCGCGUCACGGGUCGCGGCGUUGAAAUUGCACUCGACACAAAGAUCGCCGGCACUCUGUACCACAAGAAGUCGCUCGACGACGAGUCGGACGAUGACGAGGGCGAGCCGGGGGGCGAGAAGUCGGCGGCGCAGUACCAUGCGGACGAGACCAAGCACAGCCGAUCGCACAACGACGAAGAGGCCCGUGGCGCCGAAGACACGUCCGACGACGAGGGCGAUGCGGAGAGCGCAUCGUCCGAGGCCCGUGAGGCCACGCGCACUGUUGCGGGGCUCGGAGGCCAUCAGACGGCGGAUCCCGAGCGCCAUGUGGCCGCGGCUUCGGGCGCAGGCAUUAUCGCAUCGGGUCUCGGAUCGGGCGCAGAAGCUGCAGCCGAAGAUGACCGACGCGAAGAGGAGGAAGAGCUUGCAGAGGUUGAGGAUGAAGAAGCGGCAGAGAAGCCGCACGAGUCCAACGCAGCCAGCUCGAUUCCAGCCGCUGCCGCCGUCCCCGCCGUUCAAGAACCGGUAGAGCAACCCAGCACCACGGCAGCGGCUGGAUCGCGCUUCGUUGAGCAGGUGCCCGCUGCCAGUACCUCCGAGGUCGCCACGGAAGCGAAGUCGCCCCGCAAGCGUCGCUUUGUUUCGGUCGAGAACCCACCGCGCGGCGCAGGUUCUCCCCCUCCCCCCGUGCAGUGGCGCGGCUUGCCUGAGCACUCCGAGUCCCAGCAGUAG